AUGAUGGGAUCCACUGGCCUGAGAGGGCCCAGUUUAGCCGCUGCGUUGGUGCGACAAAGGCUUGCUAACCACCCUCGAUCAGUCCGAUCGAUCUCUACUUUGAGGCCGAAGUAUUUCCCCGGCCAGAAGAGUCAAUUGACUUUGACAUCAUCUGCUACUAUCCCAUGGCGUUACACGACUUUGGCGGCGGGUCCUGCUGCGCUUCGCUUUAACUCGACAUCAUCUAUCCCGGAUCCUGCCCCCGUCGCCGAGUCAACGACUCCAAUUGACCCGUCAGACGUGAGUUUCGACAUUUCUCAAAUCCCCGAAAAGAUUGGAUACUUGAAGGAGCUGGGCCUAGACUACGGCUGGGGGCCUUCCUCUCUGCUUCAAUAUGUCAUCGAACACAUUCACGUGUGGACGGGGCUUCCGUGGUGGGCGAGUAUUGUCAGCGCCGCCGUCCUCGUGCGUAUCGCCCUGUUCAAGCCAACCAUGGGUGCUUCAGAUACCGGCGCUCGUACUCAUAACGCCCGAUCCGUCAUCGAUCCGAUCCGUCACGAGAUGAUGAAGGCCCGAGUGGAGGGGCAGACACAGCUGAUGCAGAUCAAGAAGGCGGAGCUGGACAAGAUCCAGGCAGAGCACGGUAUCAAGUCCUACAAGGCCUUUGUUCCCAUGCUUCAAAUUCCCCUGGGCUAUGGUAUUUUCCGUGUUGUCCGCGGUAUGACCGCGCUGCCGGUGCCCGGGCUGUUGACCGAGUCGGCGUUGUGGUUGAAUGAUCUGACCGUGGCUGAUCCCAUGUAUUUGAUCCCUGUGAUCACCUCUGGAUGUUUAUAUCUCACACUCAAGAGAGGAGGUGAGACUGGUACCAUGGAUAUCCUUCAAACCUCAGCUGGUAAAGCGAUGCUGCUUGGUCUUCCUGCUGUUUCGUUCGCUUUCAUGGCUUUCCAGCCCGGUGCCCUGCAGCUUUACUUCUUGUCCACCGGUGUGCUGGGUCUUUUGCAGGCGUAUAUUAUCAACAACAGCGCCUUCCGCAGCGCAAUGGGCAUGGCGAUUCCCAGGAGGGCUCAGGCCCCUCAAGAUUUGAGCAACCUCGAGCAGCUGCAGGCUCGUCUGGCUGAGCUCCAGCAGAACCCAGAGAAGUUCAAACAACAAGAGGCGGCCGUCCCUGAAUCCAACGUCAGCGCCAUUGACCGCGUGCAAAAGAACAUCUCCUCCUGGAGCUCCAAGGCUCGUCAAGAGGUCUCGGAGAAGUGGAGCGAAGUCAAGGGAAAUGCUACCAAGAACGCAGAUGGCUCCAUCGCCGCUAAACCUCGCCUGAGCGAGGAGGCUCAGCGUGCGGCCGAACGAUACGAGCAGGAGGCGCAGGCUCGCGAGGCUGCGCUGCGCGAGGAACGCAACCACGCCCGUCGGGCUGCGCACAUGCGGGCUUUGGCCGCCGAGCGGGAGAAGGCUCAAAAUGCGACCAAGAACUUCCAAUCUGCUGGACGAAAGAGCCACUCGCGGAGAAAGUGA